ACUAACCAUCAAGUUUUAUUCUCUCUUCCAACUGAAGCGACACCGAAGUUUGAAUUAUGAAAACUAUUUGUCUCAUAAUGGGUUGUUUGUUGUUCUACGUUGAGGUCACAGUCGGAGUAGAAAUGGCAACAUGCGACGACGUGUACUUUGCUGAAGACUCGGGGAAAAUAAGCGGAACUGACACUCCAAACACAAUUGAUGUUAACAGAUGCAUGAAAGCUACUCACGACACGCAAAUAGAAUGCUCGUUCGACGUUUCCAAGUGUACAAAAGAUUGCUCGACACUUGGUUAUAAGACUGACGAAUUUGGCUGCGUUUUCAGCUGUGACUGCAACUCCAACGGUUUUAUUGAGGAAGACAUAAAAUACGACGAAAAAGACGUCGCACAAAUCAAAAACGCAUAUGAUAAAACCCCAAAAGGAGUUUCCGAGGCUGCGUCCAUUGGAAUUAAGUUAUGGAACGAAAAUGUGGUGAAUGGACGAACGAAAGUUCCUUACGUAAUUGAUAGUAACAUGUCGACCAAAGCAAGAACGGCAAUUAGUCAAGGGAUAGCUUCAUACACCGAGAAUACUUGUAUUGACUUCGUAGAGAGAACCGAUGAAGUGAAUUACAUUAUCUUUGUAUCUAAGGGAGGCUGCUGGUCAUACGUCGGUAGGCGAGGAGGGAAACAAGAAAUCUCGAUCGGUAUCGGCUGCGCGUGGAAAGGAAUAGUUCAACAUGAGCUUAUGCACGCACUUGGUUUCUGGCAUGAACAAUCUAGACCUGACCGUGACGAUCACAUCAGAAUAAUUGAAGAGAAUAUUAUUGCAGGAAAGGAACAUAACUUUAACAAAAGAAAUUCGAUAAAUUCUCUCGGAUCCAACUACGACAUUCAAUCCAUAAUGCAUUACGGUGGAUUUGCGUUUUCAAAGAACCGAGAAGCAACUAUUGUUGAACGAAAAACAAACCAGCCAGUUAAAUCUCAACGAGAAGGAUUCACGGAGGAAGACAAGAAGCAAUUAAAUCUUCUCUAUCGAUGUUCGUCUGUCGUGCCAGUUACAACCGCUAGACCAACAACUACAACUCAAGUCGCAGUUUCUUGGUUAAAUUGGGGAGCAUGGGGCACGUGUUCAGUGACAUGCGGGGUGGGGGUUUCUCGUCGCAGUAGACGAUGCUUAGAUGUGGCUGGUGUUGUAAGUACGGGGUGUGCGGGACAAGCCAUUUCUACCAAGUCAUGUGAACAAAGCAAAUGUACUUCUACUUCUUCGUGGGGUCAAUGGGGCUCAUGGGGUUCGUGUACCAGAUCAUGCGGAAGGGGUUUUCAAUGGAGAUACCGAGGUUGUGUAAACGGAGUCAGUGGUUCAGGUGGUUGUUUAGGUUCGGCUUGGAGCGGAAGGAUUUGCAACACUAACAAAUGUCCACCAAAGCCACGUCUCACGUUGUUCACGGUUAAUUCUGUGUCUACCUCUACUCGUUCAUUUUGUCGCUGGGGAAAUAUUUACACCGGAGAUUUUAACAACGAUGGUCGGUCGGAUUUACUCUGCUAUUACAGAAGUCACUGGAUGCAAAUAUCAUACGGGUUAACAAAAGCGGGAUAUUCGACAGUGGGUUGGGAAGGACCGACCAAGCUGUGCAAAUUCUUACCGAGUCUUACUGUUCCUGGCAAAGUGUUUGUUGGUGAUUUUAAUGGCGAUGGAAAAGACGAUUUGAUGUGCAGAGAUGAUACAAGCGGGAAAAUGAGAAUUCUGUUCGUUGGGAUUCGAGGUUUCAGCAACGAUGACGUGGAUUGGGAAGGUGAAAUUCCGAAUUUAUGUGGCUCAGCAGAUCAACUUUCUAUUGGAGAUGUAGACGGUGAUGGAGAUGCUGAUCUUGUGUGUCGAAAAGCAUCUGGACUUAUUUCAGUUUUGAACAACCAGUUUAAAUGAUCUUGUUGCAGGCUUUAUUUGCUUAUAGUGAUUUUGUUAUUGGAGAUAAUUUAAAUGGUGAUUUUGGUUGUUUUGUAAUUGUUUUUUUUUGUGAACGGACAUAGUAGGUGUGUGAAUAAACUUUAAAAAGGUAAAA